GCUUUGUCUGGUUCCUGAUGGGCUUGAGCUUCCUUGUCUGCUUGACCCUGGGCUUCUCCACAGAAAAAGUGCUGCUCACUCCACCAGCGCCAUCGAGGCUGGGGGGAGACGGCCUGGGACCUUACAGAGAGGCUUGAGUUGGACCGCGUGACACGCGGGGAACAGGUGUCGAUGGUGAGGAGUCUCUUCCGGAAAGCGCCUUCUUAAAUGAACACAUUUGGGAGAAAGACAAACUGAAGUGGCCUUUUUCGGUGAUCUCUGAGAACGGGCGGGGAGCUGGGCUAUCUCGGAUCAGGCAGAUCAAAGCCAGCUUGCCCUUCCACCAUUCCAGAGGUGCGAGAGGAGGCCCUGGAAGGGAGGGGGCCGUGGAAAACGGGGCUUCCCAGGCUGGUCAGAGAAUCUGCAUCUUGGGCCUCCUUCCACCUCCCCAGAGUGCAGGUACUCAGGUUCAGGGAGACAAAGUGGAAAUAGUCAGAAGUUGGAAAUUGCCCGCCUUCCAGCUCUGCCGCAGCCCUGCCUUCCUCUCCCUCGUGCUCGCCAAGCCUGGACGCACGCUGUUUGCGCGUUGGGGACCAGCCUCUGGUGUGAACAGUGCGCCUCUCCUAGGCCUUGCUUUGAAAUGCCCUCCUAUUCCGCACGGUUGCUCGUGACCUGGACUUGUUCGCAAGCACGAAGUCUGGCUGUGGCCAUGGGAGACACGGCGGUGGAGCCUGCCUCCCUGACGCCCACUUCUGAGCCCUCUCCUGGCCCACCAGGGAACAAUGGGGGCUCCUUGCUCAGCGUCAUCUCGGAGGGGGUCGGGGAGCUGUCGGUGAUCGACCCUGAGGUGGCGCAGAAAGCCUGCCAGGAGGUGCUGCAGAAAGUCAAGCUGCUGCACGGGGGCGCCCCGCUGGGGCUGCUCAACGGGGAGGGCGCGGACAGUGAGAUCCGGUGCCUGGACGACCCACCUGCCCAGAUACGGGAGGAGGAAGACGAGGUGGGGGCCGCGGUGGCCUCGGGCACAGCCAAGGGAGCAAGAAGGCGGCGGCAGAACAACUCGGCCAAGCAGUCUUGGCUGCUGAGGCUGUUCGAGUCCAAACUGUUCGACAUCUCCAUGGCCAUUUCGUACCUGUACAACUCCAAGGAGCCCGGCGUGCAGGCCUACAUCGGCAACCGGCUCUUCUGCUUUCGGAAUGAGGACGUGGACUUCUACCUGCCUCAGUUGCUUAACAUGUACAUCCACAUGGACGAGGACGUGGGCGACGCCAUCAAGCCCUACAUCGUCCACCGGUGCCGCCAGAGCAUCAACUUCUCCCUCCAGUGCGCCCUGUUGCUCGGGGCCUACUCUUCAGACAUGCACAUUUCCACGCAGCGACACUCCCGUGGGACCAAGCUCCGGAAGCUGAUCCUCUCGGAUGAGCUGAAGCCCGCUCACCGGAAGAGGGAGCUGCCCUCCCUGACCCCGGCGCCGGACACGGGGCUGUCUCCCUCCAAAAGGACUCACCAGCGCUCUAAGUCGGACGCCACCGCCAGCAUCAGCCUCAGCAGCAACCUGAAGCGCACAGCCAGCAACCCGAAAGUGGAGCACGAGGACGAGGAGCUCUCCUCCAGCACCGAGAGUGUUGAUAAUGCGUUCAGUUCCCCUGUCAGACUGGCGCCCGAGCGAGAGUUCAUCAAGUCCCUGAUGGCGAUCGGCAAGCGGCUGGCUACGCUCCCCACCAAGGAGCAGAAAACGCAGCGGCUCAUCUCCGAGCUCUCCCUGCUCAACCACAAGCUGCCUGCCCGAGUCUGGCUGCCCACCGCCGGCUUUGACCACCACGUGGUCCGCGUGCCCCACACCCAGGCUGUUGUCCUCAAUUCCAAGGACAAGGCUCCCUACCUGAUCUAUGUUGAAGUCCUUGAAUGUGAAAACUUCGACACCACCAGUGUCCCCGCCCGCAUCCCUGAGAAUCGGAUCCGGAGCACCCGGUCCGUGGAGAACCUGCCUGAGUGCGGCAUCACGCAUGAGCAGCGGGCGGGCAGCUUCAGCAUCGUGCCCAACUACGACAACGACGAUGAGGCCUGGUCGGUGGAUGACAUCGGCGAGCUGCAGGUGGAGCUCCCCGAGGUGCACGCCAACAGCUGCGACAACAUCUCCCAGUUCUCCGUGGACAGCAUCACCAGCCAGGAGAGCAAGGAGCCCGUGUUCAUUGCAGCGGGUGACAUCCGCCGGCGCUUGUCGGAGCAGCUGGCUCACACCCCCACCGCCUUCAAGCGAGACCCCGAAGACCCCUCUGCUGUCGCUCUCAAAGAGCCCUGGCAGGAGAAAGUGCGGCGGAUCAGAGAGGGCUCCCCCUAUGGCCAUCUCCCCAAUUGGCGGCUCCUGUCAGUCAUUGUCAAGUGCGGAGAUGACCUCAGGCAGGAGCUGCUGGCCUUCCAGGUGUUGAAGCAACUACAGUCCAUCUGGGAGCAGGAGCGCGUGCCCCUGUGGAUCAAGCCAUACAAGAUUCUGGUGAUCUCGGCCGACAGCGGCAUGAUUGAGCCAGUGGUGAAUGCCGUGUCCAUCCACCAGGUGAAGAAGCAGUCACAGCUGUCCCUGCUCGAUUACUUCCUGCAGGAGCACGGCAGUUACACCACUGAGGCUUUCCUCAGUGCCCAGCGCAACUUCGUGCAAAGUUGUGCCGGCUACUGCUUGGUCUGCUACCUGCUGCAAGUCAAGGACAGGCACAACGGGAACAUCCUCCUGGACGCAGAUGGCCACAUCAUCCACAUCGACUUCGGCUUCAUCCUGUCCAGCUCCCCCCGGAACCUGGGCUUUGAGACGUCCGCCUUUAAGCUGACCACGGAGUUUGUGGACGUGAUGGGCGGCCUGGACGGGGACAUGUUCAACUACUACAAGAUGCUGAUGCUGCAGGGGCUGAUCGCCGCGCGCAAGCACAUGGACAAGGUGGUGCAGAUCGUGGAGAUCAUGCAGCAAGGUUGCCGGCGUUGCUCGGGAGCGUCCCCGUCUGGCCCCGUGAUGACGGUGGCCCAGGUCGUCUGCUCGCAGCUGCCCUGCUUCCACGGCUCCAGCACCAUCCGCAACCUCAAGGAGCGCUUCCACAUGAGCAUGACGGAGGAGCAGCUGCAGCUGCUGGUGGAGCAGAUGGUGGACGGCAGCAUGCGCUCCAUCACCACCAAGCUCUACGACGGCUUCCAGUACCUCACCAACGGCAUCAUGUGACCCUCCCGGCCCCCGGAGCGCGGCGGGGGGGUUCAGGGCUCUCCCCAGGAGGGCCCCGCCAGAGAAGCCCCAAACCAGGAGCCCCGCCCAACCGUCCACCCAAGGGGCAUGGAAGGCGAGAACGACAAGGAUCAUGUGGUAACCGCAGAGCUGGCCGGGGAGCGGGAGGCGGCCGCGGGGUGCGCGGCCCCAUCAGUGUUCCCACCCGACGGCUCCAGGACGCACCGUCCCCGGGGACGGAGACGCGAGGGGCCGCGGCGCUUCCUGCAGGCGUCUGUCGUCCGCUCCGGGCCCCGGGGAGGGGCAGGAGGUUCUCGGUACUUAGGACUCGACCCUGUGCUCGGCCACGCUGCUGCCUGACUGUCCCCUCCCGGGGACCGGCCCGGGCCAGACCCCCGUGGGCGC